GUGCUGCAGUGGCCUUCGCAAGACCUCGCGGCUUCGGCGUGGCGACUCCGCCCGCCAAGGAGACGAUCAUCGACGUCUCACCGACGAAGGAGGUCAGUCGUACCAGUGCUCUUACGGCUCCCCCAGCCACUGGAAAACCGGGGCCAUCCGGCGCAGACGUGGUGGUUGCGGGCGGCAGCCUGGCAGGCCUGUGGCUGGCACUGCUGCUCAGCGCAGGUGCGGCUGCAGGACGAGUGGCUCGCAUCCGAGUCUUUGAGGGCACCUGGAAAAGCACUUCUUCCGGCCAGCUGCAGAUAAAGGAUAACCGGACCGACGCGGAGGCCGCAUUGGACGUGGCCACCAUAGAGGGGCAUGUCUGGGAUAAGAUGCCCGAUGGGGUGGCAGAGGCCAUCAAAGAAGAAGGCGGAUACGUCGAGCAAUGGCCCAGGCGACCCCUGGACGCUGGGCUCGAGGUGGAAAGUCAGGCCUUCCCCCGCAAUGUCGCGGUUCGAAGUCUGGAGAAAUGCCUGCUGGAUGCAGCCCAGAAGGCCGAGAAAGUGGAGCUGAUUCCAGAGGACUACAGCGCCACGGAGCAUCGGGAGCUCCUGUCAGCGGGGGAUCCAUUUCAGUGCCUGGUCUUCGCAAACGAUGGGCCCGCGCUGAAGGCUUGCGAGGAUAUCUUUGACGAUCUCUUCGCGCUGCCGGUCCCUCGCGACGAGCGCGGCGGCUUCAUCGUUGCCGCGGAGAAGACUCUGGCAGUGUCCUUCGACCUCAAGUCCCCAAAGCUCUCCGUCGGCGCCACGAUGGCGCUCUCCUGGGCCCAGCGACGGUAUUUCCUUACCUGGGCAGGUAACACGCGCGGCCUCCUCCACAUGCGCCUCACACCGGAUGAGGGCCAGGCCAUCACACAGCUACAGAAAACCGCUAAUCCGGCGGAUUUGCUGUCCUCCUUGAGUAGCCCGGCGGAAGGCAGGCAGGAGCUGCAGCAGCUGUGGCAAGAUCUCCGAGAGGGAUGCAAGUACUAUGGCAUCCCAGAGGACUCGCUCACUGGUGUAGCCUGCUUUUCCGCCGACGUGGCUGACCGCCCCAGCUACACGCAGUUUCUCUCCGAAGACUCGGGUCCGCUGGCAGCGUUUCUGAUCGGCCGGGCUGCCCGCGGCCACGCCGCCGAGAUCGGACCCGGUUUUGGCGCCGGCGCCGCACUGGAAGAGGCCACAUCCCUGGCCAAGGCCCUCCUCUCCGACCGGGCGGCAAGAUCGCCUCGAUUUGUGGAUGUUGAUGCCAUUUCGACCCACGAGUUGAUCAUGAAGAGACUGCAGAGCACGGUGCGCCAGCCAGGGCUGGGACUCGGUGAGUGCAUCGCCUCCGGGCUCAAGCGCGGGGUGGCAGAGGCAGAAGACUGCAUCCUCAAGCGGGUCGAGGCGAGCCUGGAACAGUUCGCCAAAUCUUCGGACCUGCCGAAGGCGGUGCGAGAGACCUUGCCAGAUGCAGCUGAGCUGAAGGGCCACAUCGUUGGCGCCGGCCUUCAAGAUCGCACAUUUUCGGCCAUGGCUGCUGCAGGCCCGCGACCGGACGCAGCACAGGAGAAGGAUGCAAAGACGUCUGCGCAGGCGGAAGCUGCGGCUUUCGACUUCGGUGGGGAGACCCAAGAGGGCCUAGCCGCCGCAGCAGCACUGGAGCAGCAAGCGAAGGCGGGAAGCCCUGAGUCCCAGUUUCAGCUGGGGGUUAUGUACGUCACCGCCAAUGGCGUGGCCAAGGACAUGGGGAAAGCUCUGAAAUGGCUUUUGGCCGCGGCGAAACAAGACCACCUGGAAGCCAUGAAUUGUGCUGCAACUAUGCUUCGAAAUGGAUUGGGCUGCGAAAUCCGUAAAGAGGAGGCGGCGCGAUGGUUUGAGAAGGCCGGCAACAGAGGCCAUGCUGAAGCCCAGUUCAACCUGGGGGAGAUGCUUUGCGAUGCAGAGAUCGCCCCAGAUCAAGAACGCGGUGUACUGCUCUUCGAGAAAGCUGCGGCCGCGGACCUCGACUUUGCCCAAUAUCGGUUGGGAUACGCCUUGCGCCAAGGAUCCGGUACCGAGAUCGACGUCCCCAGAGGCAUGCAGUACAUCGAGAAGGCCGCGAAGCAAGGAUUGCCCCAAGCUCAGCACAUGAUGGGCUCCUGCCUCUUCUGUGGCGAUGGUGUGCAGCGAAACGAAGAGCAGGCUGCAGAGCGAUUUCGCCAAGCCGCAGAGCAGGGUCAUGGAAUGGCACAGUAUAGUUUGGGCGUCAUGUACGAGCUGGGUGAAGGAGCGUCUUGUUUGCAGGAGUUUGGCUUUGGGCGUCACUUUACUGCGGGUUUUGCAUGGAGUUCAUAG